AUGAAUUCAUUUAAACAAGUUUCAUCAAAACAUCCAAAUACAUCAAGAGUAGAACGAGAGCAGAAAACAAACGACAAGGGAAGAGAAUCAAGAAGACUUUAUUUUUUACCAGCAUUUAUUUUCUCCUAUCGUUCUUCUUCUAAACAAAUAAUGGAGAAAGCAGAAAUUGACAGGAAUUUAAAAGGCAACAACAAGAUGAUGCGAGAUAAAAAUGUUGUGAUUAUAGAUUCGAGCAAUAAGAAAACAUUUAUUUCAACAAGCUCUACGAGCAUGUCGCGUCAAAGAAUGUCCGCUUUGGAUACUUUUGCCAUUCAACUUUUGUAA